CCUGGAGCACACACACAGCUUAUCACCUGAAAAGUGCAGAUAUUAGUCUUUGUAUUUCUCCAGCCUGCUUUCAUUUUCUAUCCUAGCCUGCGAAAGAGGAUCAUCUUUAUUGGAAGCUUCACUGGAGCAAGAUGAACUUUAGUUUUUUUGUCUGGCAGCGUUUUUAGAAGGCAGAAGUAGUACUUCACCGCUUGGUGAGGAGAACAAACAGAGCCGGGAACAGAAUAUUCAAAUCAAUCACCUCUGAUAAGGCUUGGCUGUGCAGGCUGCUGCAGACAUGGGUGAAGAGACUCCACUGCUCAACAGACCAACAUCAUCUGAAUCCAGGAUCAAUAACUCCAGACUGUACCUGGCCGUCUUCGCGGCCGUCCUGGGGAACUUCAGCUUUGGUUACUCUCUGGUCUACUCGUCUCCGGUCCUGCCGAAGCUCAAGAGCCCUGAUGCUGACCCUCAGCUCAGGAUGGACACGGAGCAGGCGGCCUGGUUCGGCUCCAUCUACACACUGGGUGCAGCAGCCGGAGGGCUGGGGGCCAUGCUGCUCAACGACUUGAUCGGACGGAAGCUGAGCAUCAUGAUGUCAGCAGUGCCUUCGACGAUAGGAUACAUGCUGAUGGGAGGGGCUUUCCACUUGUGGAUGCUUCACGUGGGCCGUUUCCUCACAGGUGUUGCUGGUGGGAUGACCGCAGCAUCCAUCCCUGUUUACAUCUCAGAGAUCUCCCACAAGGCAGUGAGAGGAGCGUUGGGCUCCUGUCCUCAGAUCACUGCUGUGUUUGGGGCACUGGCGCUCUACGCCAUGGGUCUGGUGAUACCUUGGCGGUGGCUGGCAGUGGCGGGGGAGGUGCCAGCUUUGCUGAUGGUUGUGCUGCUAGCGUUCAUGCCCAGGUCCCCCAGGAGGCUCCUCGUUCUGGGCCAAGAACAGAAGGCUGAGAGGGUCAUCCGCUGGCUGAGGGGAAAACACUACGACACACAGUCUGAGCUCAGUGCCAUAAAGCACAGCAUCAACACACAGGGUAAAGUCACAUGGUCAGAGCUGGCCACACCCAACUACUACCGGCCAAUCUUCAUCUCAGUGAUGAUGCGUUUCCUGCAGCAGAUGACGGGCAUCACGCCCAUCUUGGUGUACCUGGAGCCCAUCUUUUCCAAAAGCAAACUUCCCCUCGAGGCCAGGUAUGAUGCUGCCAUUGUGGGUGCGGUCCGCCUCUUUUCUGUUGCCGUGGCAGCCUGUUUAAUGGACAAGGCAGGACGGAAAGCCCUGCUUUACACAUCCAGCAUGCUGAUGUUCCUGUCCACGCUGACUCUGACCAUGAACUCCCAUACCACACCUUGCCCUCCAGGCCCCGUCCCUCCUAAUGUCACUGUGGGUUUGGACUACACUUUGGCUGCUAGCCACCAAUCUGCAGCAAGCCUCAUUCCUCUCAUCAGCACCAUGGUGUUUAUAUUUGCGGCGUGCUGGGGCGUCCUGGGUGUCCGUGUGUUCUUCUGA